CAGCAGCAAACCCCACAAAAAAGGACAUUUUAUAGAGCGAUUUCUGCAGUUCCUGAGACUUGUGCAAACAAAAACACACAACGAAGACACACGGGCGUGAAUGUGAAUUUCAUUUUAAUUGUGAAUGUGCUCAAUGCGAAACGAGUAACGAGUGCCAAGUGGCAAGUGGCAAGUGGCAAGAAGCAAGUUGCAAGUGCCAAGGUGGCAAAUGAAUAAAUAGACCUUUGCAUUGCGCUCGUUUGACUGUCGCUUUAAUAAAUAAAUUCCAUUUCCAUUCAAAAGUGGCGCGACUGCCUGCAAAACUUACGCACGCUUUCACACACACGCACACAGACGCAAACGUUCACACUCGCACUCACACGCACGCACACACACACACAGAUGCCAAGGCAUUUUAGCGCGCUUUUGUGUUCUUCGACGUGGCUGCAGCGAUAGCUACAAAAGCAAAACGGGCACUUUUAAAGCCAACUAAACUGCCCUAGUAUAUACACAACUAUAUAUAUAGAGAGAGAGAAACAACGACACCACCGAUAUCACAGCAAUCUAAGUGUGAAAAAAGACCGCCCAAGCAUAUAUUAAAAUUUAGUUAAAAAACAAAGAGAAAGAGACACAAAAAGGGUUUUGUAAAUGGAUCUAAAACACAGCGCCAGUGGCGCAGCUGAGAGCACCGAUUCCUAUAUAGCGACGAGCAAAUCAACAGACAUGAUCACGCCCAAGGAGAAGGAGAACAAAGCCACCAAGGCAGCCAAUGCGCCAGGCGAAGGCUACAAAGUGUAUGCAAGACGCUGGGCGGUGCUUAUACUCUUUGUAUUCUAUUCAGCCUCGAAUGCCAUGCAAUGGAUACAGUACACCAUCAUCAACAACAUAAUCACACGUUACUAUGGCAUCAGCGACAAAUGGGUGGACUGGACGUCCAUGAUAUAUAUGAUAUUGUACAUACCACUCAUAUUUCCAGGCAGUUGGUUUCUGGACAAAGUGGGUUUGCGCAUCACGGCGUUGGUCGGCAUUGUGGGCACUUGUGUGGGCGCCUGGAUCAAAGUGUUUUCGGUGGAUCCAUCGCUGUUCUACGUCAGCUUCAUAGGACAGGCAAUUGUCGCUCUGGCCCAGGUUUGCAUAUUGUCACUGCCAGCGAGAUUGGCUGCAGUUUGGUUUGGACUCGAUCAAGUAUCAUCAGCCACCAGCGUGGGCGUCUUUGGCAAUCAGCUGGGCGUGGCCGUCGGAUUUGUGCUGCCUCCCAUGCUGGUGCCCAACUCGGAGAACCUCGAAACUGUGGGCAAGGAUCUGCAGAUGAUGUUCUAUCUGGUGGCCGGACUCACCAGCAUCCUCUUGGUGCUCAUGAUAUUCUUCUUUCAGGAUAAGCCGCCCACACCGCCAUCUGCUGCACAGGAGGCGGCACAGCGACUGGAAGGCAUGGGAGAGCAGCAGGUUAGCUUUGCUCUGUCGCUUAAGAAUCUGCUGACCAAUCGUAACUUCAUCUUUCUGCUGCUCUCCUAUGGCAUCAAUGUGGGCGUCUUUUACGCCAUCUCCACGCUGCUCAAUCCGGUGGUGCUGAAGUAUUAUCCAGGUCAUGAGGUCGACACUGGUCGCAUUGGACUCAGCAUUGUGCUGGCUGGCAUGUUGGGUUCGGUUGUUUCUGGCAUUGUGCUGGAUAAGACGCACAAAUUCAAGGAAACUACUUUGGCGGUUUAUGCACUCUCCAUGGUGGGCAUGUGGAUCUUCACAUUCACUCUGGACACCGGACACAUUGCUGUAGUCUAUUUGACCGCCUCGCUGUUGGGCUUCUUUAUGACCGGCUAUCUCCCCGUGGGCUUUGAGUUUGGUGCCGAGCUAACGUUUCCCGAGCCGGAGGGCACUUCAUCGGGGCUGCUCAAUGCCUCGGCCCAGACGUUUGGCAUCAUCUUUACGCUCUUCUACUCGGAGCUGUUGGACACGUAUGGCGAUGUGCCGGCCAACAUGGCCAUGGCCGUUAUGCUCAUUGUGGGCUCCCUCAUCACGGCGGCCACAGGUUCCGAUUUGCGGCGACAGAAUGCCCAAGUGGCAACCGGUGGCGGUGGCAGUGGCCGGGGAAGUGUUGCCGCUGCCGGUGGCGGUGUUGUCAACGCUGCUGCCAUCAAUCCGUAAACACAAUCCACAUCCACCUCCCAACACACCCAACACACACCUCACACUCCACUCCACUCCACUCUCCACUUUGCUGUAUAGUUCGAGCAACUCGAGCUUCGCAUUGUCUCCCGUUUUUACGUUUGUGUUAAAUGCAUAUCAUUUUUGCAAAAUCUGUUUUUAAUUUAAUUUAUUACAUUGUUUACUCAAUUCUUGUUAUGUGCUUUUGUUGUAGCUUUAAGUGCAAAAUGUGUUAAAUUUAAAAUACAUACACACACACACACACACACUCACACGCAUACAUUUAACUACACAUAAAUUUAGCUUAAGCAGUUAUUUUUGCAAUUUUAUAGAUUGGCCUGAACAAAAUUCUAGGUUUUAGCUCGUAAGUUCAAUAAUUGCAUAAGACUUGGAUCGAAAAAUUAGCUUUAUCUUUAUUCUUUUGCCACAUCAACGACAGCAACAACAACAACAGCAACAAAACAAUACAACAAUAACACCAAACACUUGUUAACAAAGAACUUGCUAAAAAAAAAAAAAAAAAGAAAAGAAAAAUCGAAAAAGUAGUUGAAAAUUGUUCAAGUCCCUUGAGGACAAUACUACCUAUUAUACUAUACAUAAUCCUCCAGUAUUAUAGCCAACCAUAUGAUAAGUAUAUUUACUAUAUUAUGUAGAGCAAAUGUUAUUUAGCACAACGCGUUUUCAUUUCUCUAUGAAAUCUCUCUUAAUUUUCUUGUUGAGUUCCACACAAGUGUCGAAUCUUUGUAGAACAUUAAAGAAACCACAACAAAACAAACAAACAUUCCAACAAUAGUUUAACGAUAUAAAGUGAUUCAGGGGGGGAAAACAGUUGGACGCUUUACAAAGUUCUGGAAAUCACUUUAAUAAUCAGCAGCAAAAAUUUUGCGGAACGCUCUCGCAAUACGAAAAGUUAUCUUGAAAUCCAAUUAAAUUGGAAAAUUUCAAAAAGUAAAAUAAGCAAACAGACCGAAGAUUAAAUACCCUUGCAGCUAUAACCACAAAUUAUACAUAUUUUAAACCAGUUCCGAACAUUAAUUCAAAAGUACCUUCAUUAACUAAAAUACAGAUCUAUAGACAAAUUUAUUGGGAUAGCUUUAAAGGCGGAUGAACAGACGAAGAGAAAAGAUAUGUUAACAUCACAAAAUGUGAAAUUAAAUUAUU